AUGAAUAUUACCUUAAUCAUUUGUUAUAAGAUCCUUUUGAUUGUCCUGUUGUUUCAUCAAGAUAUUGUCGAUUGUAACCUCAAUGGUAAUUUAAAAGCACGUCAAACCAAUUCAGCAACUUCAUCCAAUGGCACACAUCAUAGUAGAAAAAAGAAUAGGAACAAUUCAAACAAUUCAUCACCAACUUCGGGUACAACAGGAGAUUCUAGUUCACCUAAUGGGACUUCUGGUUCAGGUGUAAAAUCAGGUGGGAAUCAGGACCAGAGUGGAAGUCAAGGAACAAGUGUAACUCUAGAUCAAGAUCAAAGUAAAGGAACUAGUGAAGGAGCAGCAACCAUCACAGAACCUAAAAAACCUGAUGAAAUACAAGCCAUUGAACUUGACCUUAAAGAUAAGGAUUCAACAUCUAGUUAUGAUUGCCUUAAGAAAGAUGGCUUUGCCAAAUACACAGCUAAAAAUGGUUAUGGAUUCGCAUCAGUGGUAGGCAAAGUUGGUGGCUGUUCAGGUUGUUGUGGUUCAAAUAUUCGUAUUUGGAAUACCACAGAUCCUAAUAAGUACGCAACCAAAGUUGUCAGAGACGGGACUGGUACAUGUAAAAAUUUGAAUAAUGUCACUAUUUUCUUCGGUGAUAAAUACAGACACUUCACUAAGUCCAACAAAAAAUUCGUCGAAGACUCGGGUUUCCGUUUAUAUCAAAAUGACACUUCCAAGCCUGAUAAAAAGAAACAACUAAAAAACAAAGAAUAUACAGAGGAACGCAGUGAGGAUUUACAUAAAAUCUCCAUUAAUGAUGGUAUUCAGUGUACAGUGUACAAAUAUGUAUACAGAUACUUUCAAGCAAAUUCAGCAAAACUUAUCGCAGAGGAGGUGUUGUUGUGGAAACACGACUCCGCCAGACAUGGCGAUCAAUAUCCUUACGGCCUAAGAUACUACUGGUUUGAUAGGAUCUUGAUUAAUUUUCCAAAUAUAUUUGUAGUAUAUUAUAGAAAAGAAGAUAAAAAAUGGGAUGAUGGCCAUCAAUUUGACUUUAAACUGUAUGGGAAGAACGAGGAUAACAGCUUGAAAGCAUUAGACCUAAAAUCAUAUGAGCUCACACCUAAUGAGAAAGAGUACGUAUUUAAAUUUAAUUUAGAUAAUAAAUGUGAAGUGAUUAAACAUAGGGGAGAAGAACUGUGGAAACAUGAUCCAAAUACACAUGGAGAUAAAUACCCACUUACACUGAGGUACAAAAAGGAUGGCUCAUCAAUAUAUAUGGAUUUUGAAGGAUUCUUUGUAUAUUGCUACAGAGGACCAGAAAAGAAAUUCAAGGCCAAAGAAUUUUACAUACACUUAUAUACAAUGGAUCCUGUAACAGAGGAGCUGAAGGAACUUGACUUUCCAGAGUAUGAUAUGGUUGAAGAUUAUGAGGAGUUCGAAUUCAAGUUUAACCAGGGACGUGUAUGCGACAAUGUCAUGUUUAAAGGGGUUAACAUAUGGAGUUACGACCCAAUUGUAUAUCACAAUGAACAUCCGUCAUCGGUGUAUUUUAAGGAUUCAAGGAUAAUUGUAAAUUUUGAACACUAUUUUCUGCUAUACGAUAAAGAUGCACAAGACAACUGGAAAGGAGUAGAGUUAGACAUUAAGUUGCAUGGAGCUAAUCCACAAGACGCUACAAAGUCAAUAGAGUUACCAAUGACCAAGUAUGAGAUAACAAAGGAAGGAAGAGACUACCACUUUAAACUUAAAGAAGGAGUACAGUGUACAAAUGUUAAACACAAGGGUCACCAGCUGUGGAAGUACGUGCAAGAUAAAUAUGGUGAUAAGUAUCCUAAUCUAUUGAUAUACAACAAGCCUACGGGCAAGUUGAUAUUGAACUACGAACACAUGGUAGUGUUUAACCACAAGGAUGAGAAAGGAGAGUGGCAGACCAAUCACAUUAAUGUACAACUCAUGAGAGCUGAUCCUGAUGAUAAUUCCAAAAAUGUAAAUAUACACUGCAACAACUACCAUCUUAGCCAUAACAAAGAUGAGUAUGAGUUUGUCUUUAAAGAAAACAUUAAGCCCACGUCUGUCAAGUUGGAAGGACAAGAUGUCUGGAGCCAUGAUACCAAUAAAUAUGGAGGCAAGCACCCUAAGCAAGUAAAUUACAGAAAGGACGGAUCGAGCUUGAUGAUGGAUUUCGACGGCAUUUACGUUCUUCUGCAAAAGAAUUCUGCGGGGAAAUGGGACCCAUUAGAGUCAAUCACACUAGAUAUAACUUCAACAUCCACAGAUAAUGCACAAUACGAAUGCGUUGACAAAACUUAUCACAGGGUCUUCACUCCCAAAACAGGAUUCUUGUUCGGAAGAAUAGAUAUAGCAAACGUCAAUAUUUACCAGAGCGAUGAUUUUAAUAACUGCUCUAACAAGGUUGUAAUUCGGAAAAACGCAGAUUCUGAAAUCGAAGAAGUAAGCGUAAUCCUCUUUAACGGAGACUUUAAACGUUACAACAAGCUGGAGGGCACUGACACAUGGUAUCAGAGACUCAAGUCACUGUUUCUAGACGUUAAAAUGAGAUACAAUAGUUACUACUACAACUAUUAUAUAAGCAGGGAUAUGGACACAUACGUGGCCAAAAACAACUUUGGAUUCAAAAGGGUAAGGUACGGCCUGCUGAAAGUGUGGGAGACGGAUCACGAAAGCACAUACGCCUCCAAAGUAACAUAUUACAGAUCGAACGGAGAAGCAGAAAUUGAAAUAAAAAUGUACAACGGAGAAACAAGAAUAUUCACAGUGAAAAGAGCAGCAUAUACAGAUUUAAAACCAUUUCCAGGUCCAUCAUACCCAGUUGCUAUGAUUGAACAAACUGAACAAGAAGUUAGUACACCUAAAGGAGUUCCUGGGCUUAGACCAUCUCCAGACCAGAUAGACAGAACUAAACUUAAGGUUACGUACGAAGAAACGGAAACCAGCGAUGAGGAUUCAUAUGAAACCAAAGAGGAACCUCCAGUAGAACUGCCAAGCAGCAUAAAAAUAACGACUGAAGGCAUCGCCUAUGUAAAUGCUAUAAAUCAAUUCAAAGUUUACAAAUGGACCAAGAAUAACUGUGAUUUCUACAAGGUUGAGUUUGACGAUGAAGUUAAGUGUACUAAUGUUGAAGUGGACAAUUCCACGAUAUGGAAGUAUGCCGGAGGCUACAGAAUCCCACUAACAAUAUUGUACGAGCCAAACGCUUCGCUGCUGUUGAAGUUUUACGACGGAUAUUUGAAGUACGAUAAAGCUGCCAACACUAAUAAAUGGAUUUCUGAGUGCGAUAUUAAACUCUACACAACUGACCCUUUUGAUAUUACCAAGACUAUUAAAUUGAAUGACACGCAAUAUACAACUACAAAGGAGGGAAGCCAAUACUCGUUUGUGUUCCAACCAGGGGUAGAAUGCGACGAAGUUAGGUUUGUGGAAAAGAAGCCAGACAAAAAUGACUUUCGUCGUAUCAACGUCACUUUUAAGACAGUUUGGAAACGUUGGUCUUUAUUUGGUUUCGAAAGUCCCACGAAUGACUACUUUCCAACCGCAAUAAAGUAUAAGAACCGUUCAAGAGUAAUUCUUGUAUUUCCCAAUGGAAUUUUGAUUCGCGAGAGAGACAUGAAUAAUGAUUGGCACACAUUGAUCGAUGAAAUAAAAAUGUACACUUUCCACCCUAAAAACCCUGAUGAGAUAAUUGAAAUGGACCACAGCCAUUUUUUAAACAAAACUUUGGAUGGCCCAAUUCAUUUUGAGUUUAAGCCAAAAGUAAAGUGCGUGAAGGUUAAGGUAGACGAUGAGGUUUUAUGGACACCCGAACACAGAUCCACUCCUAACAGAUAUCCCACCGAAUUAAAUUAUGGGAAAUAUAUAAGCAGGUUAACCUUAAGAUUUGACUCUUCCUCUUUAGUAUUUUUCAAACUCAGAGGGGAUUGGACAAGCUACACUAAAGAAAAUGAAACAGACGUCAAUUGUCUAUCCAGUACAGUAGACAUGGACGGCUUUUCAACUGUCUGGCCUCUUACUGGAUCCCCUCGAAAUCAAGUCCCACAGUCAAUUUCAACUGACUUUUACAGCUUUGGAAUUGGAUGGGACACCUUUGGAGAGUUCAUAGACCAGGAGGUCUACAACACUAAUGACCCAUGGAGUUUUCCGACAGGAUGGCACACGUACGACUAUGGAGGCGUGGAAAGGGAGCCUAAACCUCAGAAAAAUGCUCUCGAACACUUGAUCUCCGACAUAGACUUCAUUGACUCAUCAGAUACGAGAACUCCAAUAUCUUCAUCGAGUAGACAAAUUGAACGAUUACCCAUCCAAAUUGUUGAUGGUGUAAACAGAGUUGUCAGAGCUAAGAGACAAAGAGGUAUUGUUACUGUCGAGGACCCGAGUGCACAUGCACCAGAGGGUGGCGUAUCCACAGAUGUCGACGAUAUACCAUUCACCCACCAUGAGCUGAUUGAUUUAAUCUUGAACAUGAAUGAAGAGUUGGAAAGAUUGAAAAAGGAUUACUCAGAUUUGAGGCAACAGUUGGAAACUGCAAGUACCCAAGGGAAAAGAAUUCCCAUAACACUGGACAUUUCCGUGAAGGAGAGCACAAACCAGGUCACAUGCUCAAAAGAAGGAGUUAAUGUGGUUUUCACACCACUCCUUCCAUACACGUUCAAAAUGAUUAAAAGGAGUCAAAUGGUUAUAUGGCAUACUCUGAGACCCACUGAAUACUCAGUUAAAGUUGUGUUAACUCCCAAUGACAAGGUAAUUGUGCAUAGGGUUGACGAAAAGAGGGAAGAAAUGGAAAUAAAGGCCAAAAAUGAGCAAGUAUUAAUAUUAAAUGACAACACGCCACCACUUAAAGGGUUAUACGACGAUGAAGAAUUAGAAAUGGAAUCUAAUUUUAUUAUGGGAUUGAGGAGAGCAGAAAGCUUUACAAGCCUGAAUGACGGCGUACGAAAAACUGAUCAUCUUGUAAAAAAUGACUCAGAGGGUGCUGCUUCAGACAGUUCAGUCGGUUCACUUGAUUUUUUUGACAUUGAUCUUGUAGAUUCAGUUGUUGAACGCCGACCCAAUGAAUUUAGAGGCCAACAACCAAAAAAUUCAGAGCAUCUCGAUGAUGGUGAAAGGCUGCUCAUACAGUAUAUUGAACAAACUCAACAGCCACAGCAAAGCAAAAUGGCUCAGACUGCUGAACCUCUACCUAUUGAGACUCAGGAGCCACGAGAGCUGCAGAUUCAGUUGAUCAUUCUCGAGUUAACGGACAGGAGAAGUAGUGAAUAUGUAACGUACGAGGCUAACCACAUAAAGAGGAGAGAAAAGUUCACCUGCAUACCCCCUUACAGAGUGCUGAGGGUGGUACACAACGGACAACUCGUUUGGUCUUCUUCAAAUGAAAAUUACCCUGACAGAGUGCUAGUAAAGCCAGGAGAGGAUGGAAACCCAAUGGCCUACAUGUUUCUCCCAGGUGACUUUGUUGAGAGUGUGGACGAUGGGCCAGAUGUGGAACAAGUUGAGCAACUUCAAUCACUGGCUCAAGAUUCUACUCCAGUUCAAGAGAAGCUGGAGCAAUUGCAACAGCAACAACUCCAGCAACAACAGCAGUAUCAGCAACAGUUGCAACAACAACAGGAAGAGGAACCUGGGUGUUACACAUUGAUCACUGUCCACAUCGAUCAAUUGAAAAGUACUUCUGAUGUUACUUACGAGUUUGAUCAAGCAAAGGAUAUACAUCGAUUCGUUGCAAGAGACUGGUGCCUAAUUGAAAAGGUCAUGAUGGGUGAAAAGGUUAUAUGGGAGCCAAAAACUGAAUAUGGAAUUGAAGUCGAAAUAAAAUUCGCCAAAACUCAGGGGGAAAAGGACAGUUUAAUUGUGUACUUCCCUAGCGAAGAGGAAAAUGCCCAGAAAAAAAAUAAGAGUCCUAGCCAAGCCUAA